AUGUUUCCAAAAAGUAAAAUACUUCAAGUAAAUUCUUUUGAUUGCAAUAAUAAAAUAUUUAUCCGAAAUAAGGAGGGUUCAGGGAUCUUUGAUCUAAUAUCUUCAAAAUUUGAAGUUUUUUAUGAAUUAUUUAGAUAAUCCGCAAUUUCUUCUGAUGGAUAAUUAAUAGCUUGUAAUUAUCAAUAAGUUAGUGACGGAUAUUCAUAAGGUUAUUGCUUUAAAUUUUAUGACAUUAAAAAUUAUAAAGAUUUGACAAUUAUUAAUGAUAAUAAGAUACUCCCAAUCUAAAUUUCUAGGAAUGGCAAUUUAUUGCAUUACUAAAAAGACUUUAACUAAGUGAUAAGUUCCAUUGAUGAAAAUAAAUAACUAAAAUUUCUCUGCUCUCUCCAGGGCGGAUUUGAUGUAGGUGAAGUAUCAGUGACACCUUCAUUUGGUUAUAUAUCAGUUAAGGAAUCAACGAGACUCAAAUUAAUGAAUUUGAAUUGGUUAUCAAAUGCCGAAAUAGUAAGUAUAAAUUAAUUGAAUGAAAAAGGUGAAAAUAAUUAUUUUAUUUUAAUAUCUUCUGAUAAUUCAUAAAUUAUAUCUGGAUAUUCUUCAGAUAUUAAGACAUAUAGAUUUGAUUUUUUUGAAAAAAAAAUUCACAAAUUUGUUUAAGGGAUAAUAAAUUGCCUAGCACAAAUUGAUUAAAAUAUCAUUAGUUAUGGUUGUGAUAAAAAAAAUACUUUACUCGGAGAUCACAAUGACAAUGUUAGAUGCCUCAGUUACUCAUAGAACAUGAAAUUACUAGCAUCUGGCAGCAAAGAUUAAAAGAUAUUUUUAUGGAAUGUGAAUGCUAAAAAGAAAAUAGCAGUAUUAGAAGGUCAUACAGGGAAGAUUAAUUAAUUAUCUUUUUCUCCUGAUGGAUAAUGUUUGGCCUCUGCAAGUGAUGACUAAUAAAUUAAAUUAUGGAAUAUUGAAUAAAGUGAAUAAUCAAAUGUUUCAAAAGGACAUUAACAAUGUGUAAACUAAGUUGCCUUCUCAAAAGAUGGUCUUAUUAUUGCUUCAUGUAGUGGAGAUUGCUCAAUUAUUUUAUGGGAUUUAAUAGAAAAAAACUUUAUUAUUAUGUUAAAAUAACAUAAGUUGGCUGUUAAAUGUUUAGAAUUUUCUUUUUGUUCUAAAUGGUUGGCAUCAGGAAGUAUUGAUGGAUCAAUAUGUUUGUGGGAUGUUAAAUUUCCUUAGGAGACAACUUUAUUCUAUAAAAUAAAUGAGCUAUAUUUAUUUCCAGAUUUCUUACAUUUUUCUCCAUCAGGUUGUUUUGCUACUAUUUCAAAUGAUGGAGGCAAAUAAAAAGAUAGUAAAUAAAAAAUAGUGACGAAAAUUUAAGUUUGGAGUUUGAAUAAAAUAGAUUAAAAAGAUAAAAAAUUUGAAAUCUUUUAAUAUGGGAUCAAUCCUAUUUGUUUGUCAGAUGAUGAGGAUUAUAUAUUUUAAGGUUAUGAUAAUCUAGUUAAAAUUCAUAAUUUAUCAACUGACUAAACUGAUAUUCUUGAAGGACAUUAAUUUGAAGUUGUAAUGAUUAGAUCAUGGGAUUAUGGUCGACAAUUAUUAUCAAUAGAUAAUAAAAAUAUUAUGAUUAUUUGGUAAAAAACAAAUAAUAGUUGGAAAAAGUAAUCGAAAAUUUUAAUAGAACCACCCAUUAUUUAAAUUAAUAUAAUUAAAUAUGAUUACCAAGAUUACUUGGUAUCAAUAAAUAGUAAUGCCAUUAUCAUAUCAAAUCUUAAUUAAAUGUAAAAGUAAAUGCCUUUAGUUGAUCUAAAAAUCUAAUUUUAGAGCUGUUAUUUAUCAAACAGUUAAAACUAAUUUAUAUUAAUGGAUUAAGAUUAAAUAAAAUUAAUAGACUGCAUUUCUGGAGAAAUACAAUCUGAAAUCAAGAAUCUUAACAAUUCUCAACAGUCUAUUAUAUCAUAGGAAGAUCGAUAUUUAGCUAUUUACUAAAGGUAAAGAUCUAUGAUCAUUAUAGUUGAUAUUUCUAAAAAAUAAGAAGAUGUGAAUUUAGAUUUUGAAGGAACUCUUAAGUUUUUUGAAUUUAGCAAAGAUGAUUCAAACAUUCUCUAUACAGCUUCAGAAAGUUGUGAGAUAUUAAAGUGGGACAUAAAAAAUAAAUAAAAAGAAAUUGUUACUAAAUUAGAAUUUUAAUAAUUAGAUUACUUUUUAUAGUUUUCUAAGUCAUGCAAUUUUAUAGUUUAUUCCCAUAAGAAUACUCAAAUUUUCUUAGUCAAUCUCAAUAAAUAAUAAAAGUAUUAAAUAGAUAUUCAAAAUUAUAAUGGCAUUACAGCAUUUUCUUAAAAUGAAAGUUUAGUGGCUUUGGCUACAAGCGAUUAUAAAAUUUAUUUAUGGAAUUAUGAGAAAUCAAUUAUUAAAGAUGUUACUUUGAUUCAAAAACAAUCAACUAAAAAUUUAUAAUUUAUAAAUGAAGGCAAUGAACUGGUUUGUUGUUAAAAAGAAAAAAUUUGUAUUUUUUCUGUUUAAGAAGAUUUCAAAUUAAAAUUAAAAAAUAUUUGGUAAAUCGACAGUUGUGAUAUUUAUAUAUUCUCUCCUAAGCAUUUAUCAGUUUUAAACUAUAGUGAAUAUGGAAAGAAAAGGAUUUGCUUUUUGAAUCCUGGAUAAAGUAAAAUUUUAAUAGAUGAAAAAUUAUAGCCAUUAGACUUUACCUCCACUUAAGAUGGAGAUUAUAUUGUAUAAUUAAAUUAAUAAGGCUUUAUAAUAUGGGACUUAAGAACGGAAAAGCAAAUUUUAAAAACUGAUAAAUGGUCUGGAAACAAUGCUAUGCUUAUAGAUUUAAAGACAUUAAUAAUAGGAAAUCAAAAGGAAAUCAAUAUUUUAGAUAUCAGAGAAUUAGAUAAUAUAAAAUUACUUUACAACAGUUUUUAAGUUUAACCUCUGAGAAGCCUUUCAUUUGCUUCAAAAUAACAAUACUAUGUUUGUGUAUUUGAUAAUAAAAUAUAGGUAUGGAAAUUUAUAAAUGAUGGAAAAUGUUAAUAAGUAGCUGUUUAUGAUCUAUAAUUUUACGGCAAAAAAAAUCUUUGUAUUUCAGCAAAUGGAAAGUUUUUAGUUUACAAUUCAUAAGACUCAUAAUAACUAAUUAGGAUUAAAUAAUUACAUACAUUAGAGUUAAAUGAUAAAAAAGUAAAUGGCCUUAUAUAUUCAUCAGAUUUUUAAAAUUUAAUUACACUAAUAAGUGGGAGUCCUAUAUUGUUUACUCCUACCUUGGAUAUUAUAGAGAGCAAAUUAGAAGGAGUCAUAAAAGAUAAUGAAGCCAAAUCAAUUGUAUCAGCAUCUGUGGAUUCAAUAUUUGCUAUAUUGUAUGAUGCUCUCAUAUUAAUAGUAAAAAUUAUAGAUUCAAAGAAAUUAACUGUGAUUAGGUAGGUAUCAUUAAAAAGUCUCGAAAAAUGUCCUACUUUCAGUAUCAAUCCUUCAGGAACCCAAUUGAUUGUUGGUAGUGAAACUGGUACAAUUUAUUUUCGGGAUUUAACAAACUCUAAUGAUAUGGAUUUAAAUAAAUUUGAAGAAAAUUAGAAAAUAGAAAAUUAGAAUAAUUAAGUGAAUAGUUUUACUUUCAGUCCUAAUGGAACUGAUUUUGCAGCUGCAAUUUCUGAUGGAUCUAUAAAUUUAUAUUCAGUUGAAUAAAUUAAGAAUGAUUAAAACAUAAAACAAAACGAUGAAAAUCAAGAAUAGAGUUAAAUUUAAGUAGUUGAAAAUAUUAAAAAAGAUUUCAGACUAAUUUGUUAUAAAUCGUUUUCCAGAUAAUCUUUAUUAUUAGCCAAUUAAUGCAUAGUAAAGGAUUCAAAAAUCACUUAAAAUGACAAAUCAAUCAUUUAACUAUUCAGAUAAAAAGGAGCAAGAGAAUGA